AUGUCUGACGAACGGAUAGAACUGGACAAACCGAGCGAGCAAGAUCUAAAACCGGCCUGCUCAUCUUUAAGUCUCUGCAGUAUAUGUCGCCAGAUAUUCGCCAAUCCCUACCUUCCACGAGGCCUUUCUGGAGAGGAAUUCAAGCAUCACACGUCCCACAAGGAUGUAGUAGAAGCCGCUGAGCAGCGUUGUUACAUAUGUCGGCUGCUGAGAGAUAGGCUGGCAGAUCCAGACCUCCGAGUCCCGCUGCCUACGCAAUCCGAAUCAGCUACGCCAUUGCGAUUCCUCUACAAACUUAAGAAACUUGCCGUCAAUGUUACCAUUACUUUCUCUUGCCUCUGCGUUGGUGGCAGCUCAACGAAACUACUAGACCUCAUGGUCCAGCAAACGGGCAAGCAGCUGGCUACUGACUGUUCGGGUCAUACCACAUGGUCUGCCUCAAUCAAAGAGCGAGCAAGACAAUGGGUUCGAGACGAGUCGGCGGAGAGAACCGUCUUGGAUCCAAAUCGCUUUCCCCCAAAGCGCCUGUUACACGUUCGAUCGUUGUCCGAGGAUGAGCAGUACCAAGUGUCAUUGUGUGAGGACAACGCAUUGCCUCGAGGAACUCAGUAUUUGACCCUGAGCCAUCGUUGGGGACAGAACAAAUUCUUACGUUUGAUGGAGAGCAACAUUGAAAAAUUCAAACAAUGUGUUCCGUAUCAGCUACUACCUAAAAACUUCCGAGACGCCAUCAAGAUUACUUGCGACCUGGGCUUCAAUUACCUGUGGAUCGACUCUCUCUGCAUCAUCCAAGAUUCGAAGGAAGAUUGGUUCAGCCAGGGGUUAAACAUGGGCCAAAUCUACCAAAAUGCAACAUGCAAUAUAUCUGCGGACGUUGCCCAUGAUAGUGAGGCAGGUUUGAUCAGGUCAAGAGACAUCGAGACAUUCUUGCCACUUCAAGUCGACGACGUUGCGUGGAGGGACCCAGCGAUUAAGGGUGACGGUCUUUCACGCUACGUUAUAGCACACGAGCCAUGGAGGGUAGUAAGUAGUGCACCUCUUGCCAAUAGAGCAUGGGUCUUUCAAGAAAGACUACUCUCUCCAAAGAUUAUGCAUUUCACUACUCGGCAAGUCUUUUUUGAGGCCAAGACGGAGGAAGGCUUCAGCGAGCAGUGGCCUAAUGCUGUUCCAAAUUCAUGGUUGGGCUCACCUAGUGUGGAUACGAUUGUAUCUUUGUGGCGUUGUAUGAAUGGAGCAAUGCAUACGUCUGAAGAGAGGUGGAGCACCUGGACCCAUCUCGUAGAAACAUACAGUCAGAUGAGACUCACAUAUGAUACAGACAGACUAGCUGCUUUGUCUGGUAUAGUCAAGGAAGUGCAGCGCAACACGGGCGACGAGUACGUGGCUGGGCUUUGGAAAAAGGAUUUGCUACUGCAGCUACUCUGGCACAGCAAAUACCUCUACAGCUCUAACCGCACGCAGCAAUAUACGGCACCAACAUGGUCUUGGGCUUCGACUGGGACUGCGGUCUGGCAUGGUCUCACACCUGACCGAUUUUAUUACGGCCAAAAGAAUCGCGUGCAGGUGCUUUGCAAGCUUGUAGAAGCUCAAACGUCACCCAUGAUGGACCAAGACAACACUGGUGCUAUCAAGGCUGGCUUCCUGCGACUCCAAGGAUCCCUACGAGAGGCACGACUGAGCCAGAGCGACCCAAAAGGCAAAGCUAAACCAUACUGGACAGUUGGACACUCGAGAAAGAAGAUUGCCUUUCUGCCAGAUGUAAUCACUCCAGCAGACUUAAACAAGCCCCAAGACAACGAUCAUUAUAAACGUUGUCUGAAGCGAGUCUUUCGGUGGUCCUUAGAUGAGAAUAAACACAUCAUAUUGCAACCCACCAUUACGGUUCAUCCCCCGACACAAAGCGUAUUCUUACUGCCGAUCCUCUCAACCAUUGGGGCUGGCAUUUUUGCAACAAUGGGAUUGACACUCAUACCCACUGAUCGCGUUCGAGGACAGUUUCACAGGGUCGGCUUAUUCUUGACGGUACACCACAGCGGAGUCGCCAGCAUCCUUCACCACCCUUGUGACAUUGAAGAGUCGUAUUACGAGAAGAAGAACCGUGGUCGAUACACAAUCUCAAUCAUAUAG